AUGACUUCCUCAAGGCGAGUUCUCAAUGAAACUCGCGAGGAUCAAGACCGUUCAAGUCUCCGUCGACGGAGUAGAGCCUCGAGGAGGUCUACCUUUCGCAGCGUGGCACCUAUAACAACAGCUGGCCAAGGAACUCAAUUCAAUCUUGCUGGCCCUACCGAUACCCCUCAAUUGCGCACCGCACAUGAACCUUUUGUUCACCCAGGCUACAGCGAUCUCAACCCAUCAUAUGAGCAGCCAAAUAAUGCCAAGCCAAUAUGGAGUUUGGCCAAGCCUCUGCCGCGUGUUGUCCGUCCGGGGAUGGUACCAACAAAGAACGAGCUGCUCGAGAACUGCGUCAAUGCCGAGCUGCCCGCUGAAAACUCGCAGAAUCUAGGGCUGGAUGUCGAUCCGAAUGAGAUUGAAAAGGGCCGCAUUGAGAAGUCGGCGGAUUUGCGUAAGAUGGGAGCGCAAGUCACCGAUGCCCGGCAACAGCGAGAAAAUAACUUUAUAAAAACGAUCUUGGCCGCAGAUGCCGAGGCACAAUCAGAUGGACUCCCACAGCUUGUAAAAACGAGGUCAAGCCAAAGACGAGCUACGAUCACGCGCCCGUCAAUUCAGAGCCCUUUGUAUACUGUGCAAGAAGGCCUAUCUGAACAUACUUCAGAGCGACACAAAGACAGCCACGAGUCCCAACGGUCAGGGCAAGGCGAAGGAGAGUUUGAUCCAGGCCCAGACGAGCUAAUCGAAGGCAAUCGUUCUCUUGAGACACUGCGGCUUGACCAAGAUGCAUAUCCAGAGGACCUCCAUCCCUUGGUCCAGGACUUGGUAGAGGAAGAGAUUCACAACAACCACACCAUCUGGUCUGUCAUCCGUACUCACCAUCGUGAAGCUUUGGCCGAGUCCCUAGCUGUUUUCGUUCAACUCACCAUUGGAUUUUGCGCCGAUCUUUCUGUCACUGUGGCUAAAGCCGGAAACCCCAACACGACUGACUGGGCUUGGGGAUUUGCGACCAUGAUAGGGAUAUACAUCUCUGGUGGCGUCUCUGGUGCCCAUCUCAACCCUACAAUCACUAUAAUGCUCUGGUUCUUUCGUGGGUUUCCUAAGCGCAAGAUGCCCGAGUACUUUUUGGCACAGUUUCUUGGGGCCUUUUGUGCGUGUUUUGCCGCAUACGGAGUGUACUACGUGUCUAUCAAACACUAUCUCCUUACCGGUGUAGACGAUGACAUUAUAAACUGCUUUGUCACAAGCCAGCGCAGCUCAUACAUUAACGCACCUACAGCUCUAUUCAACGAGUUUAUUGGCACAAUGUGUCUGACUAUUGUUGUACUAGCUCUUGGUGACGACCAAAAUGCUCCUCCUGGCGCUGGCAUGAAUUCUCUCAUCAUCGGCCUCAUCAUUACAUGCCUCAGCAUGAGCUUCGCUAACCAAACGGGCGCUGCUCUCAAUCCGAGCCGCGAUUUUGGACCUCGCUUGGCGCUUUUGGCCUUGGGCUACACUUCUGAGCUAUUCACCAACCCUUACUGGUUUUACGGUCCCUGGGCGGGUACGUUACUGGGCUCGUUUAUGGGGGCAUUCCUUUACGAUUUUUUUAUUUUUACUGGAGGCGAAUCACCAAUCAAUUAUCCAUUAGAGCGGACACAGCGUGCUUUUCAUAAGAGUGGCAUGAAGUGGCGCCGUCGGCUGCAUCUGACGCCCAAGCAAGAAGAAGAGAGAAUUGUCUAA